AUGGCUACCCCAGUUGAUAACCACCCACGUCCCAACCUCCAUCCUCUAUGGAGCUCCCAAUACAAUCUCGGCGGUUUCCCUCGCUCAACCGGCAGACCCUCUGCCCCCAGUUCCUAUUACAGUCCUUCUGACCGUUCACCCAAAAGCCUGCCUACUCCCGUAUUCCCCUCCAAUGAUGGGUCCAUGAGGCAACAUGAGCGGGCCAUGGUUGACCGACUCGGCCACAGAAUCCGUCAGUCACAACCUGCCGACCUAACCCCGCCAAAGUCUUCUGCUCGACCACGGCCGCUGUCCCCUCUCGCAGGGCAUCCAACAAGAGAUGCCAGGCGCUACUCGACCACCGCGCCCAUAAGCCCACGCCGGCCGGGACCCCCGCCCCCCGCAACUCCUGUGUCACCUCCAACCGUGGCUAGCCACCGAAGACAGACCCUCGCAGCGGAAACGCGAUCCAUGCUCCUCGCCGGACUGGGGGAGGAGGUUCAGCGGCGACAGUCAGUGGCAGGAGCCGGUUAUUUCGCCCGAUCAAAAGACGCCGAGAAGCGGCUUCAUCUCGAACAGUUGAGAGCAUGGGGUCGCGUGUACCUUGGUGAUGCCAAAACCUCGGACGUUUUCGUUCAAGCAGUGGCCCUCCGGCGGCAAUCCGAUGCCAGCACUGGCUCAGAAAACUCGACGGGCGACUCAUCACCCCCUCGCAUGCCUCCUACACCGACGACACCCUCUCACCAGACGGCGAUUCGAGCCCGCGUACGUCCUAAAGCUCUGGAACGCAAGCCGUUUCUCAUCCAGCGCACCUUCGACAUCGAGCAGUUGCGCUCCACCGUCCCAGAUCCGUUGCCAAGCUCGCCCCCGGCAGACCAGAGGCGGCGGCCCUCUCUGCAGACUCUGAAGACAUCACCGCUACCAAACGUCUCAUCGCCUCGGCCGAGCGCGGCAAGAAGGAGGUCGAGUAGCGCGGCACUCAACCCUCUUCCUUACAGCCGUGGGCUGAAAUCUGGAGAUGCUCGAGUAGCUCCAUCGCGUGGCGCCACCACCAUGCCAAUUCAUCUCCAGUACGCCCGGUCCUCUCUCCCGGUGCUGGCAGCCCUCAUUGUUUCUGGCCACAUCACGACGGGCGACGUUAUCGAUCUGCCACUGCCCCAUCCCGAGGCCUGGGCCAACACCGUCGCCUACGUGUAUACGGGACAAGGGGAGGUGACGGAUGCGGUGAGGGAAAACAUCCUAUACCUUGCUGGAAAGGUUUAA